AUGAAUGGAUCCGCCAAUGCAACUGAGAGUGUUGACGGAAACAAUGUUUCUUUGGCUAGUUCUCCUUCGACAGGUACUCUGAGGAAAUAUAAGAUAGGGAAGGUUAAACAGACGCCUACAGUUAACAUUGAUCCAAAGACGAAUCUGUCAUACAUUAGUUUGAAGCCAAGACCUACUGAAAAAAUAUACGGCGUUACAAACUUUGCUAACCAUUACAAGGAAGAGAAAAAGCUUGGCCAAGGUACUUUUGGUGCCGUCUAUAAGGGUAUCCAUUUGGAGACCCAAAGAUGUGUCGCAAUGAAAAAGAUUCUAAUCAAUGUUGAUAACGAUUUAUUUCCGAUUACUGCUCAAAGAGAGAUAACAAUAUUGAAGAAGUUGAAUCAUAAAAAUAUAAUCAAAUUACUUGAAAUGGUUUAUGAUCUCCCGCCAGAUUCAUUGAAUAAUCAAGGUUCCGACGAUAAUAAUAGAUCAAAUAAGUUUUUUUAUAUGAUUUUACCUUAUAUGGUUUCCGAUUUAGCAGGAAUAUUGCAUAACCCCAGGAUCAAUCUGACGAUGGCAGAAAUUAAAAACAUUACACUUCAAGUAUUGGAAGGUAUUAAUUACAUACACUGUUCGAAAUAUAUGCAUAGGGAUAUCAAGACGGCAAACAUUUUAAUAGAUCACAAUGGCACUGUUAAAAUAGCAGAUUUUGGUUUGGCUAGGCUAUAUUACGGCUCUCCACCAAAUUUAACAUACCCAGGAGGUGCAGGGACGGGCGCAAAAUACACUUCUGUAGUGGUCACAAGAUGGUACAGGGCUCCUGAGUUGGUUUUGGGUGAUAAAUAUUAUACCACCGCAGUGGACAUUUGGGGUAUUGGUUGUGUGUUUGGUGAAUUUUUUGAGAAAAAGCCAAUAUUACCUGGUACUUCUGAUAUUGACCAAGGACAUGUUAUAUUCAAGUUGCUCGGUACACCAACCGGAGAAGAUUGGAAGUUAGCCUCUUAUUUACCUGGAGCGGAAUUAACAAGAUCAAAAUAUAAAAGAACUCUAAAUGAAAGAUUUGGGAAGUUUCUGAAUGAAACAGGCCUAAAUUUUAUGUCCAAGCUUUUACAUCUUGAUCCUUUACAAAGAUAUACCGCAAUGGCUGCAAUGAAUGACCCCUUUUUCAAAGAGGAUCCAUUACCCUGUGAAAGGUUGAAUCUACCUUGUGAGGAAAGUCAUGAGUCUGAUAUUAAGCGUUACAAAGAAGAAAUGCAUCAGGCUAUGUCACAAAGGGCACCAAAUGCUCCUCAAGGUCAUAUAUUCGAAACACCAGGAAAAACCAACACUUCCUUCUCUAGAUAUCCUUCAAACCUUGAUUCAGCAUCGAAGAGAGACAAUAAGUCAUUUUUAAGACAACCUCCUGCCGGUCCAGCUAAAAAGCACCCAUCUGCGAACCCUGUUGGUGCCAGUCAUAAAUCGGCAAAUGCUCCUGUUUCUCGUUAUGGUAACAAUCAAAGCACAGCACAUAUACCUCCAGGCAUUGCUACAUAUGGUAAAAAUGUAGGACAACAUAAUAGAUAUUAUAGACGAAACCAGAAUGCAGAAGACUACUAUGGUAAUGUAUCUGCUUCGCAACCGAACACGAGGUAUAAUUCUCAUCCUACGAACUAUCAAGCACCUCCAGGGCAACGUGAUACUUCACAUUCCUCCAAUUAUCAUAAUCCAAAAUACAAUACAUCUCAUGCUUCAACAUCUGUCACCACGUCCUAUCAAAGACAAUCAACUCUACCACAGGUAUCAAGAUAUGAGGGAAACCAAAGGGAUCUUUCCAAAAAAGAAUCUAAAAAUUCUAGUGCCACAGCACAAGUACCUGAUAAAGCAAACACAAAGACAUCAAAGCGAGAGUCUAGACCAGAGGAAACCUCAAACGAAAACUCUCGGCAUCAUGAUAUAGACAAGAAAAGUGGCGACUUUGCAGAUUUAUACUAA